AGAGGCGUAGAGGUGCGGCGCAGGCGCAGAGUGACGCGCAUAGUGACGCAGGAGGCGGCAGUAGGGGAGCGGGAAGGUUACAAGUGCACAAAGUGGCGCGCUGAUGGCUGUACACAGGAAACACCUCCAGGAGAUCCCUGCUCCCAGCAGGAACGCGUCCAACCUCAUGUGGUGCUGGGACUCCAACAAGCCUUCAGACCUUUUCUAUGGCAUGGGGGUGACUCCUAUGGAGAAGGAUUUGCAAGACACAGAAAAUACCCCUCAGGACUAUAUAGUAAAGGCCAGUCCCCCACAGAAACGCCCGAGGCCGAAGGAACGGGAUGAAUGCUUUGUCAUUGCACGGCGGCCCCGGGUGGCCAGACCUGCUCAGACAGUCAUCUCCUGGGACACAUUGCCUGAUGAGUUGCUGUUGGGCAUCUUUAACUACUUGCAUCUCAUUGACCUUCUGAGAGCUGCCCGGGUCUGCAAGCGAUGGCACCGACUUCUAACGGAUGAGUCCCUGUGGCACAGCCUGGAUCUUACUGGCAAACACUUGGCGGAUGGAAUCAUAGGAAGAGUAUUGUCUCUGGGCGUGGUUACAUUUCGCUGCCCCAGAUCCUGCAUGGGCGAGCCAAUGUUUACUAAGACUAGACAUUUGCGCCUGCUCCACAUGGACCUUUCUAACAGUACAGUCAGCGUGGGUGCUCUUCAGAGUAUCCUCUCCCGCUGUCACAAACUGCAGAACCUGAGCUUGGAGGGACUGGUAUUGUCCGACGAUAUAACCCGCUCCAUUUCCCAGAAUGAAGAUCUCAUCCGAUUAAACCUUGGCGGCUGCUCAGGGUUCAGUUCAGAAUCACUGAAGGAAAUGCUAACCAACUGUUCCAGGUUGGAUGAACUGAACCUGUCGUGGUGCGACUUUGAGGCAGAGCACGUAAAGAGCGCCGUCAGUCACCUGCCCAGCAGCCUAACGCAGUUAAAUUUCAGUGGCUACCGGCAGAACCUGGAACUCUCUGAUGUGAAGACGCUCGUGGCCCAAUGUCCUGACUUGACAGACUUGGAUUUAAGUGACAGCGUGAUGCUGACCGCCGACUGCUUUGCAGUUUUGCAGCAGCUUCUCCAUCUCCAGCACCUUGGGCUGAGUCGCUGUUACCAGAUCUGCCCGGCUGCUCUGCUGGAGCUUGGAAAGAAGAUCCCUCUAAAGAGCCUCAGUGUAUUUGGCAUCGUGUCAGAAGGCUCCAUGCAGAUCCUGAAGGAAUCCCUCCCACACAUAAAGAUAAACUGCUCCUACUUCAGUACCAUCGGCCGGCCCACUACAGGGAUCCGAAAGAGCCGGGAAAUGUGGGGCAUGAAAUGCAAGCUCACGUUGAACUAUAAAGACUACUUGUGAUGGGGGGGGGAUCUCUGCACUAGGACAAAACCAAGAAACUUGAACUUUUUUUUUUAAUACCCAUCACUUUUUUUAUUCGAUUUUUUUUUUUUUUUUGUCUUUUGGGUAUUUUGUACUGAAGGUGAGAAAAGGAACCUGGGGGAGAACAAGCUGCAUGUUGCCUCCCACUGGUUUGAAUCAGUGUAGAAUACACCUGGCUCCUCUAAAGCCACAGCCGGCUCCUUAUACAUUCCUACAGGAUUCUGAUUUGUUACGGGAUGAAGGAUAGGAAGAUGGUCAAUAUAAACCAAUAAGCUGCCAUUACUGACUGCCAUUGAUAUGGUACUGAUGUGGUUAUGUGACGGGAUAAUGGGAGUCGUAGUUCCACAACAGCGAGUCCUAAAUAAUACCGUUCACUGGACUAGAACUUCUGUGCAACACAGUUAAUGUGUAUAUUUAUGUUGUUCUAUAACGAUCAGUUGUUAAACUCCCAGAAUUCCUCUAGCUGGCCUGUUCUACAUGGGGGCACCUUUAUUCUUGCAUCAAAUGACUUUCCCACCAAUCUGCAGCAAGCGGAAUACAGCAGUGGGACCAGCACCGGUGGUGGGGAUUUGGGUUUGCCAUUUGUGCUCACUUGGUAUCACUGCUAGGUACAACACACAUUAAAUGGGUGCUUUACCUUUAAAUUAACUUUUAGUAUGUUAUAGAAUGUCCAGUUCCUAGCAACUUUGCAAUUGGUCUUUGUUAUAUAUUAUCGUUUCUAAAUUAUUUGCCUUUCUUUUCUGCCUCUUUCUAGCUUUCACACUGACCCCAGCACACACACAAACUCUGGGCCUCUGAGGCUACAAUUUUGUUAUUGUUACUUUUUAUUAAUUUUCUAUUCAGUCCUUCACCUUUUAAUAUUCACUUUUGUAUUCAAAUCAAUGCCUGGUUGCUGGUGUAAACAAGGCCUUAGCAACCAAAUAUCUGCGAAAAUGCCAAACUGGACAGCUGCUGAACCAAAAUCUGAGAAAACCACAAAAAAUGAAGACUAAUUGCAAAUUGUCUCAGAAUAUCAAUGACUACAUCAUAGUAAAAGUUAAUUUGAAGGUGAAUCACCCCUUUAACAAAUUGUUAUAUGAUUUUGUGUGACAUGUGAAUCACUGGGAUUGAAUUUAAGGCGCAAAUCACAGUUGCACCAUGACAGUAUAUGGAUAAUAUUGGCUUUUGGCUGCCCCUCUGCUGUCUGCCUUGCAUAGAGUGAACCGGAUCUAUGGUACAUUCAGUUGGCAGAGAAUCUAAAAUAAACCCACAGCCUAUGUACAAGCAGCGUUAACCCUUUAAGUGCCUCAGACUGUAAAAGCUACAAGUAGCAUUGUAUGGCUGUAGCAUUUGUACUUCCAAAUAUUUCUGCGGCACAGAGAUCUUACCAGCAAGACGUGGCACUCAGAGGGUUAAUUUAAUUAGCUGUUAAAUUCAGUGGCUUAUUCUAUAUAUAGUACCUGCAGGCUGUUCCUACAAAUGGAAAGAUGGGAAACUGCCAACUGAUUUCUUACAAAUAAAUAUGAGCUGUAAUGCUUUUCUAUGAAAAGUUCUAAAUUGAAGGCUAAUUCCUGUUUAACCCUUUACUGUAUAAAUCAUAUGCUUUUUCCAUUCCUUGAUGUUUUCACUGUUUACAAUAUAACUCAGGGGUGGCCAAUAUAUAUCGAUCGCGGUCCAUCCAGUCGAUCCCCCGUGGAUUUCUGGUGGAACAUGAUGAAGCCGGGGAUGCGGAAGUGUUGUUUGAAUGCGUACGUACGCAUUCCCAGGCCACCCCUGGGAUAAAUGAACCUUUAAAAGAAAUAUAGCUAGAAAUGUUGUAUUUUAUAUAAUAACAGUAAUUAAGGCCUUUAAAGUUGUGCAUAGCAGCUCCUAUCUUGGAUCUUGUUAGGCCGUUGUUUAAAGUGUCAGUGACACUGCACAUGCUCAGUGUGCCCUGGGCUGCUGUUGAGUUUAGGAACUGUUGGAAAUCAUUGAGAAGAAAAUGACUGUUAUAGAAGCUGAUGUUACAGGGCUGAUUAUUAACUUCGGAUGCAGAAUGCACUGGUUUCUGAGCUGCCAUGAAAUGUUAAUCUGUAUAACUGUGGGACACCGAGUGCAUGCCUUAGAGGAGUGCAAGCCUUAGAGCGUUUAUGGACCAAAGCUGGGCCUGUCUGUAAUCAUGAAUGGGUUCUAGCACCGUCUCCUGCUCCCCUAAUCAUAAAUAUACAAACCAGUUGUAUUUGAUUCCUUUCUGAUCAACCCUUCUAUCAGGUAUUGUGCCCUUCUUCCCAUUAAAGGGGUGGUUCACAUUUAAGUUAACUUUAGUAUAUUGCAGAAUGGCUGAUUCAAAUCAACUUAUUAAAGGUCUUUAUUAAUUAUAGUUUUUGAAUUAAUUGCUGCCUUCUAACUCUUUCCAGAUUUCAAAGGGAGUCACUGACCCCAGCAGCCAAAAAAAACUAUUGGCUGCUGUGAGACUACAAUUGGAUCAUAAUUGCUUCUUUUUAUUAUUUAUCUUUCUAUGUAGGCCCUCUGCUAUUUAUAUUCCAGUGUCUCAUUCAAACCACUCUCUGGUUGUUAAGGUAAUUAGGACCCUAGCAACCAGAUAGCCACUGAAAUUCCAAACUGGGGAGUUACUGAACAAAAAGUUAAAUAAUAAGAAACACAAGUAGUAAGGAUAAACUGUCCCAGAAUAUCACUCAAAUUAACGCAAAGGUGAACAACCCCUUAAGGAAUAAAAGUGUAAAAGCAAGACUGGCAAGUUCAUUUGUUUGUACCCUGUAACAUGAAUUGUACCACUGUACCAGGCACAGUAUUGUAUAUUUGGGUUUACUCAUUGUUUUAUUAAAUGAAUUUAGUCUUUUACUCAUA